AUGUUGGGCUUUGGGCAUCUCGCACUGCGCGAGACUUUCAACACUCGCCUCUCCCUGGCCAUCUUGCUCAUCACCUUCUCUCAGUUCAAUUUCGGCUUCGACCAGCAAGGGUUCGCAGCCACGCAGGCUAUGGACUCGUUUGCGAAACAGUUUGGUAGAUGGGACGCCGAGAAGGAAGAAUGGUAUCUCCCUAGCGUCUGGCUCUCUUGGUUUAACGGGUUCAACUACCUCGGCCAGGCCUUCGGCGUGGUCUUUGGCAGCUGGGUAAGCCGACGUUGGGGUCGGAGGAUGUGUAUGUUCGUCAUGAGUCUAUGGGCUCUGGUGUGUGCCACCAUCAUCAUCACCUCCAAGUCGAGAGAGCAGAUCCUCGUCGCUCGAGUUUUGAACUAUAUCUACAUUGGCAUGGAGCUUGCCGUCGUUCCUAUCUUCCAAUCCGAGAUCACACCUCCUAAGGCCCGGGGCUUCAUUGUUGCGACAUAUCAAAUCAGUCUGAUGUGCGGAGGUCUAGUGGUGAACUGCAUUGCGCGCGGCACCGGCUCUCUCCCAGGCAACGAGGCAUGGAGAAUUCCGCUAGGAUUAUUCUAUGUGGUGCCAUCUGUCGUAGCCGCACUGAUCUGGUUCAUUCCGGAGUCCCCGCGAUGGCUAAUCAUGAAAGAUCGUCAAGAAGAGGGGAUGAAGGUGCUGCGGGAGCUGCGAGUCGGCAAAUUUACCGACGCAGAUAUUGAUGCCGAGUUCGCCAUGAUUCUGCACAAGAUUCAAGACAGUCAGAAUCAAGGAACCUUGUUCGAUAUCUUUCAAGGCACGCAUCUACGACGAACGGGGAUCGUUGUUGGGUCCAACUUUUUCUUGCAGGCCACCGGUCAGCUAUUCACAGCACUCUAUGGAGCACUAUUUGUCAAGUCACUCGGAACAGUCAACCCUUUCACGAUUACGGUAGUUAUUGCCGUUGUCAAUGUGUGCACUGCUUUCCUCGCAAUGACGCUCUUUGACCGCCUUGGCCGCAGAGUCAUGAUCUUGGCUGGAACCUGUGUUCAGGUUGCUGCUCUGAUGACCAUGGGUGGCCUAGGAACUGCUUCCCACCCCGGCUUCAAAAUCAAGUCGGGAAUCGUCGCCACAAUGGUCGUCUUCAACUUCGGAUACUCGUUCGGCUGGGCACCUGCGGCGCAUAUCCUAUCGGCCGAAGUCCCCAAUACCCGCGCUCGUGAUAUGACCUAUCGCACGGCGAGUGUCUUAAAUAUUGCCACGCAGUGUGCUGUCGCCACAUCGAUGCCGUAUCUACUGAACGCCCCGUACGCUAAUCUUGGUUCCAAGGUCGGCUUUAUCUUCGGGUCUGUCGCAGCGGUGUCCCUUGUCUUUGCGUACCUGUCCGUUCCAGACUGCGCUGGUCGCUCCUUGGAGGAUAUUGACUGGCUUUUCGAAAAUCACAUACCUGCAACCAAGUUUAGAGCCGCCCAAAUUGACCUUCAAUCGGAAGAGAGAGCGGAAGUCGCAACGAAGCAGCCAUGUGCUGAAUGCGUCGAGUUUCGUUCAUAA